ACAUAACUAGUUUUAACAUACACGUUAUUAUAAAGUACCCUAAAACAUGACUGACCUAAAAUUGGUGUGAAUGCGCCCCUCCGUGGUGAACUCAGGUGCACGCACACUACGCACACUACGAGGAACCGCCAAACAUACACACACAGAAGUAGACACAUGACAGGCCUGCUGGGCAAGCAGUCAAGCUAGUGUUGCAGGUGUAGCCUGGGUGAAAUCAUGUUUGUAGCGCGCAGUAUCGCAGCAGACCAUAAAGAUCUAAUACACGAUGUGUCUUACGAUUUCCACGGCCGGAGAAUGGCAACAUGUUCCAGUGACCAAAGUGUAAAGGUUUGGGACAAAAGUGAGAAUGGAGAGUGGCACUGCACAGCCAGCUGGAAGACACACAGUGGAUCAGUUUGGAGAGUGACCUGGGCUCAUCCAGAAUUCGGUCAGGUUCUGGCCUCCUGCUCCUUCGACAGGACAGCAGCCGUCUGGGAAGAGAUUGUAGGGGAGUCCAAUGACAAGCAGAGAGGAUUGAGCCACUGGAUAAAGAGAACCACACUCGUGGACAGUAGAACGUCAGUGACUGAUGUGAAGUUUGCACCUAAACACAUGGGUCUAAUGUUGACCACCUGCUCUGCGGAUGGAGUGGUGAGGAUCUAUGAGGCUCCUGAUGUGAUGAACCUGAGUCAGUGGUCCCUUCAGCACGAAAUCUCUUGCAAACUUAGCUGCAGCUGCAUCUCUUGGAACCCCUCAAGCUCUCGUGCCCACCCGCCAAUGUUUGCAGUGGGAAGCGACGACAGUAACGUCACAUAUGGUGGGAAAGUUCAGAUCUAUGAGUAUAAUGAAAACACAAGGAAGUAUGCUAAAGCAGAGACGCUGAUGACCGUCACUGAUGCAGUCCAUGACAUCGCAUUUGCUCCAAACCUGGGGAGAUCAUUCCACGUGCUGGCCAUUGCUACGAAAGAUGUCAGAAUCUUCAAGCUUGUUCCUAUGAGGAAGGAGAGCACCUCUACAGGACCCACCAAGUUGGAGGUGCAGAUUGUGGCUCAGUUUGACAACCAUAACUCCCAGGUGUGGCGUGUGAGCUGGAACAUCACUAGCACCCUGCUGGCCUCUUCUGGGGAUGAUGGCUGUGUGCGCCUCUGGAAAGCUAACUACAUGGACAACUGGAAGUGCACAGGCAUCCUAAAAGGAGACGGCAGCCCACUCACUGGCUCAUCUGGUCAGCCCACAGCCAUGAGCACCGUUGUGGGCUCCUCCGUUCAGACGUCACAGAAUGCCCUGAACGGGAUGUCUGCAGGAAGGAUUGGCAAGAGAGCUCCCAUUGCCCCUCCCCUGCGGCAGCUGACCUCUCCAAAGAUAUACCAGCAUCCUGCAUAUUACUAAUGUCUCCUCUGCACCAGCUACCAUUUGCCCUUGUGUUCAUGCAUUUGAUAUGUGUGAGUGAGUCAUGUCCCAGCUGAAUACUUCGGUGUGACUGGUGAAGGGCUCUGUGUUGUGAUGAAACCUGCAUGGUUCUGUUCUUCACAGCUUCCACUUUGUCUUGAUUCCAACUUGAUGUUUAUCAGUGGGUUCACCUCCUUUAAUAACAUUACACUUUUAAAAAUUAAACCCCUGUCACUGCUGUCUGCCACUGUCCUCUCUUUUUGAGAGUGUUUCUAGAGCGUAAAUGCAUCCGUUCUCCUUUUAAUGCCUCCUUUCCUACUUCCUUUGAUGUGUGUCCCCUCUGUAUUCCAUUGUCAUCGUCCUCUCCCCGUCCAUGUAUUUGUCGUCUUUGUCUCCAUCCAUUUAUUUGUUGCUUCAGGUAUUUCUUUCCGCCUCUGGAUCCUCCCAGAGAGGGGACCAGAUAUGGUCACCUGCUGCCUCCUUCCUCUCUCAUAGAGCACUGUGAUGCUGAGCCCAUUCAGCCUCAGCAACAGGCUCUUCCCCACAGACACUCCUCUA